UCCCCUCUAUCAGAUACCUGUGGCCAUUAUUGUAUUUAUUUUUUAAUAUUGCGUUCAAAGAAUAAUUUUUCAUCAACACUACAAAAAUUGCAUUCAAUUCCCCCAGAAGCCCGUGACGCUUUAUUAAAACGAUUUGUACAAUACCUUUCGUAUAUAAGAUAAGGGUUAAUAUUGUAAUUUAAUUACUAAAAUGAAAUUUUCAAUUUUAAUAUUAUUUUCAUUUGUUUGUGUGAUAUUAUCUCAAAAUGACAGUAAUAUCCUAUUUCCAUUGCACGGCCCGAUUCCUCCGAAUGUAAAUGCUUGUUUUGCGAUUGACGGAGGACAUGCCCUUUCUAUUGGUCCUGCUAUAUCUCCAAACAAAGAUAUACUGCUCGUCUUAGCUUAUAUUUUGGAUUUGGGUUUAUUAUUUGUCCUGGCUGUAUUAUUUAGACUACAUACAAAUAUUCGUAAAAAAGGAAAUGAUGGGAUGACAAGUAUUCGGUUUGCUAAAGGCCCUCUUAGUAUAUAAGAGCAAUAUUUAUUUAUUACAAAAUAGUUUGCCAUGCGUACUAGCGACAACAUGCCUGAAUCUAUUAGUUCUUCACCUCAAGUUCA